AGUGGCUUUAUCUAAGGCCUGCACAUACAAAGGUUGACAAAAGACAAAAGUGGACGAGCGUGGCUUAGGACUGACCACUUGGUUGUUGGUUGGUUACCUACAGAAACGUUCAGAUUCGGGGAGGCGAAAACAAAAAUGUCGAGUAACAGGUUUCUGUUCAUCAAUGGAGUCGUCUCACCAUCCUCCGACACUCCAUCCGUAUCCACCUUCCUCGAAUCCCACCAAGGCGCUUACACCACCACUCGCACUCACAACAAUGCUUCACUCAUCUUGUUCUGGGAAAGGCAUCUCCGAAGACUCUCCAAUUCCGCUACAAUUCUAUUCGAUUCCAACCCCAAGCUUUUGUUCAAACCCGGAAAUUCUAUGGACUCGUUUUCAUCGCCAUUCACGCGAUCUUCAAGAUGGGAAUCGGUGAUUCAGUCUCUCGUCAACGAUUCGAUGCGAAAAGUAUUGCCAGUGGCAUUGAAAGAGAGGAAAAGUGGUGAGGAAUUGUCAAUUACAUCUCUUGUGAGUGGCAAUUGGGAGAAAGUGAGCGAAAUUGAGGAUGGAGAUGAAGAAGAAGAAAUGAUUUCUAGGGGUUUUGAUGUGUAUGUACAUGUGGGGAUGUAUGUGCCUCGUCUGUUUGGCAUUCGAGAAAAUGGUGCCCAUUUGGCCGUGGUGGGUCGUGGUAGGGAUGUUGCUAAUGCAAAGUAUACAGAUUGGGUUAGGCUUAGGAAGUCUCUCGAGAAGUUGAGGCCACCUUCAGCUACUGAGCUCUUAUUGUCAAAUAAUGGGGAUCAGAUUCUAGAAGGUUGUGUGACAAAUGUUUUUGUUGUCUGCCGCAAGGAGCACAAUGAUAAUAGUGAUGAUGCUAGGAGAAGAGGCAUGCAUGAUUAUAGUACAUAUCCUUUCGAAAUACAAACAGCUCCCAUCAGGGAUGGUGUCCUUCCAGGGGUCAUACGCCAAGUAAUCAUUGACAUAUGCUUGAGCAAUGGAAUACCACUUCGAGAAGUUGCACCAUCAUGGUCAAAGCAUGAAAGUUGGGAAGAGGCAUUCAUUACAAUAACAAGAAAGCUUUGGACUUCAGUUCUUUUCUGGUAUUGAGUGGUUUUUCCCAAUGGUGUGGUGGAGCUUCUACAUUGUUGGCUGGGGGCUAGUGUGGGAAAGAUGAGGAAGAAGCUGUGCUGUUUGGUUUCCUCAUGCAUUAAGUGGAUUAUUUGGGGGAAGCAGAAUCAUAGAUCUUUUGGUGGCAUAAAAGUUCCUUUGUAUAGGCUUAAGAGUACAUUUGUAUAUUAACCCUUCUCUUGACCAAUUCUUAGAGUUUGUAGAGUUUUUGCCUUUUUUGUUUCUCUUUUGUUUGGCAUUCCCUUAAUGCCAUAUUUAAUGAGAUUGUAUUAUUUAUCAAAAGCAAUUAUUAUUUUAUUAUUUCUCUUUUGUCAUAGUAAUUUCUAUGCCGUAGUAGACAUAACAGACAGUUCAUAAAUUUCUGUGCAUAAUUACAGUUUCAAACUAUAGGUAAGCAUGAUUAUGGUAGCAUAUUCAUAUAUCUAAGUGUCAAACUUCUGUUAGAUACAUAUUAUUAAUUUCAUUACAUAACUUUAUAUACGCAAAAUAAUUUUGAAGAGAUUUCAUCCUGUGAAGGAACAACUUCUGAAUCCACUGGUGGUAAGGACUACAUAGUAAACGCUAGCUUCAUUGGGCCUCCACUAAAUGCAGCAAUUUGGUCAACUGUAUUGCUCAAUAACUGCGAUCUGACUGUUUGAUUCCUCUCUGGUCCCUGUGUAACUUAAUUUCAUUGAGCAUUAAAAGGACAGGUUGGCCCGAUGGUAAGACUUGCCAUUAACGUCCCUAGUGGCACAGGUUCGAGUCACAAAAACCACCUUUCCAGAAAUGAGUGUAAAGUUGUGUCCAUCUUGCCCUCGUCACAUCAUGCUUUAGCGGGAGCCUUGUGCACGUUGGGUCAUCUUUUGUUUUUAUUUUAUUCUUAAUAAUUUGAAUUGUGGGUCACUUGUAAACCCUGCAACCCUAUUGAAAUAUCUCUACUCCCAUACAUAGGGGGCAUCUCAAAGUUUAGUGUGUUUGAACAAUUUGCUGUCUAAUAUUGCAACCUAAUGAAUUGUGUGGUUAGGAUCUGCACGUGGAACUUGGAACCUUUCUUUUGCUGUUGUGAGGCUGAAUCAAGUUUUAUAUGUUUGUCUCCCCCCACCCCCUCCUACCACCACCAUUUGACGACUCACCCUUGCACAACUGCCUGUAACUCAUCUGUCUUAACCAAUCAGACAAAGCCAUGGAAUGCCAAGAGCUUUUGCCGACUGUCUAUGCCACCUGUGUUUGUAGCCAGACAUAGGGUUGAAUCACCAGUGUACACAAGCAAGGGUCUUCUUACAAGCCAUAUAUGUGCUUGGCAUCUCCCCAUGCCUUAAUAAUGAAGUCACCAACAAGAAACUUAGACAUGUCCAAGACUACUUUAUUCACACCAUCCUACCAAUUGCCUGGCACUUGUCUAGUACUCACUAGCAACUAUAUAGCCACAACUAAGGGUCCUUUGGGACAUGAAAUCCAUAUGAAUUCUUGCUGGGAUGUUGGCAUGCCGUCAUACCUAGGGUGGUACCCACUUCUUGUAACACUCUAACCUGUUUCCGAUAUGGCAGGAGGAAACAUCAACACCAUGUAAGAGGAAUAUAAACCUGUUUAUGGAAAAUGGCUACACUUUCCCAUUUUUCAAAAGUUUUGUUGCACCAAUCUCCCAUCUGUAAGCGCCAUCCAAACAUGCCACGUACUGUUGGCUGAUGCAAUGCUCAUGGGUGUACCCGUAAGCAAGCCAAGCCAUGCUGUGUUGCCGUCCACCAAAUCAUACUGGGCAUGGCUGCUGCCCAUUCACACCUAGGCUCUACAAUUUAAAAACUUGGUGGUUAAGGUUAACUUUGGAUGGAAUUUGAGAAAAUAUAACAUAUAUUGAUCACUAGGCAUGCUAAAUUUUAGUAUAUUUCUCAUUACUGCUACUUUGGGAAAUUUAAG